CUUACUAGUGCCUAUAAAUACACGCAAAAAAGGGAUGCUCUGAUUAAUUAAUUAAGCUGCUUUUUGAUUGAAUCGAUUUGUAUUUGAUCAUCCGUUGUUCCCCUAAACAUGACUUCCUCUGCUCGGAUGACGACGAUCAUCCUUGUCGUCUCCUUGAUAUUUUCUGCCGCCUCAGCGGUGGGCAACGAUGAAGCUCCGGCGGAUGAUAUAAUAGUCCAGCAUUACCUGAGGUGCAUGACCACGACUAAACUCGAAUUACACAAAAUCGACGACCAGUCGUGCUAUGUCUUUUUUAAGUAUUUGCCACUUGUGAAAGUAGUGCCGCCUGCCUAUGUAAAAGCUCUCUCCAUCUUGUACGACAACAACCAGACGCGGGUCCAUCUCGAUCUCUGCCAAACAAAUCCCCAUCUUUGUUCGGACCAGACAUUGAAACUCCUCGACGCCUACAAGCAUGAUGACCGGGUGUGGAAGAUAUCAACAAAGUGCAGUAUUAGAUGGUGAGUUGGAUCGGCGUUUUUUCAGAUAAAAAUUUAUGUGACGAUACCAAAUAUUAUUAGGUUUCGGUUUGAGAGAUCGUGAAAAUAAAUUCUUGUAAUAUGGUAACAAUGGAAAUAAUUGGGAUUGAAUUAUAUGUUUUUGGAGUAGUGAUAUGAUUCUUGAUAACAAUUAAAUAAA